UUUCCCAUGUGACUGCAGAUCAAGCAAAGGAGAAGCCAUGGAGAAAUAUUCUGUGGACAGAAAAACAAAAACAAGACCUCAUGAAGUGCAUCAAAGAUCAUAAACCCCUGGUGUCCUCUGUGAACCGCGUUCGAAUCCUAAUGAUCGGUCCUGUAGGGGCUGGAAAAUCCAGUUUCUUCAACUCCAUCAACUCCAUCUUCAUGGGUCGCAUGACCAACAAACCAAUGGCAGGAUCUAAAAGCACCAGCCUCACAACACAGUUUCGCACAUAUCCACUGAAAGAUGGUCGUGAGGGAAAGCCAUUGCCAUUUGUGUUGUGUGACACUAUGGGACUGGAGGAGCAGACAGGUGCAGGUCUGGAUAUUGAGGACAUCAGCAGCAUCAUUCAGGGUCUCAUACCAGACCGAUAUCAAUUCAACCCCAUGGUACCAUUUCAUCCUGAUGAGCAAAAAUCCUCCAGACCUUCAUCUCUACAGGAGAGGAUCCACUGUGUGGUGUUUGUGAUAGACGCCACCAAAAUCUCCCUCAUGUCCAGCAAACUGGAGGAAAAACUUGCAGCCAUACGCAAAAAAGUGAAUUCACUGAGUGUUCCUCAGAUCGUCUUGAUGACAAAAAUAGAUGAGGCGUAUCCUCUGGUGGAGGAGGAUCUUUAAAAGGUUUAUGUCAGUUCCUACUUGACUCUACAGGUACAGGAGGUCAGCUCUCGACUGGGUGUUCCUGUGUCUUGUGUGUUACCUGUGAAGAACUACAGUCAGGAGCUUGAACUGAACCUCAACUGUGAUCUCCUGCUUCUCACCGCUGUACAGCAGAUGCUCAACUAUGCUGAAGAUUAUUUGGAUGAUGUUGAUGCCAAUGUUGCUUAAAGUUAUAUGUAAAUUUUUUGUUGUUAACUUGUACACUGCAUUUCCAGGACUUCGUCCAGCAGUAAUGUAAUCAUUAUUAUUUUUGUAAUACUAUUACUGUACAGGUAGAUCAUCACACUGCCAUUCAGACACAAUGCCCAUGAAUGAUGAUUCUGAUAUACUGAAUAAGGUUGAAGUUUUCAGCUAAUAUCUGUGAACUUGACCAUGCCAUGACAAAAAGCUGAUAUUCAUCUGAUGAUUUCAAUUGUGGUACACAAAAAGAUAUUGAUCAAAUUGUAUUUUAAAGAUGCAUAAUUAAAAUGUAAUAUAAUUCAAGUGCUGUAAGUUAUAACCCAUAAAUAUGUUAUUUAAAGAAUAUGUGUUUGAAAUG